CAUAUGGCAAUAUUACAUUCAACUGUCUAAUCCCAAUCCGUUGAAUAUCCAUAUCGCCGCUUUCUGUGGGUUUAUUUAUUACAAAACAAUAGAAUAUUAAACUUCCCAUUACUUUCUAAUAGAUCCAUUAUCAAAAAAUGGCUUCGCUUAUCGUUCAAUCACGUUUUGCUGGUCUGAAGAUUGAGGAUGACGACUACCCUCCUAAUGAUACUCAGAAGUCAAAAAAGCCAAAAAUAAACACUGCCAAGAAGCCUGAGCCGCCUAAGAAACCGAAAAACAACAAUAACAAACUUCAGCCCGCACCCAAAAAGAAGAAGUCUAGACAACAACCUGUCUCGGCCGACCAGUGGGAACUGUGGAAGCAGAAGGAUGAAGAAAUUGUCGACGGCAACUUUGAGACUGAAUUACAACAAGCUAUUUUACUAUCUAAGCUGGACUUUGAAGAAAAGAAAGAUGUCUACAAACAGUCAAAAAAGGAUGCCGAUGUUGAAAAGAAGGUAGCGGAGCGAGGAAACUCAAAAAAACAGAAGAAGAAAAAUGUUAUGAGUUUGGACCAGUUCAAUGAUAUGAUGAAUGUCGGAGAUGAGAUGAAGUUUAACCACACUGAUGAGAAGUGUUUGAAUGAAGAUCCUAAAUCUCCCGACAAGGAUACAGAAUUUUUCGAGAGAGUAAAACAUGAAACGAAAAAUGAGCUUUUAAAGGAUAAGAUCUACGAUAGAGUUAAGAAUCGUCAGCCGCCUUCUGACGAAAUUAUAACCAGAGUGCAGUUUGCUGACGCUUUGGAGAGAAAGGAUAGAGAAAUAGCUACCUUAAAAGAUGAGAUACUAACACUCAAACAAGAACUAUUUACAGUGAAGUCCCGGAACAAGAAACUGUGUAAUAUUCUUGGGCAGGGAGAAAUGAAAGAUAAAGCUGAAGUGCUAGUGGAAGUAGAGCGGCUUCGCUCUGUACAGGCUGAGCUUACUUCUGAGCUGGCGACACUACACACGGACCUGGAGAGGGAACGGUCUAAGAACACCGACCCUAGGACCAACAAAGAAAAGAGACACCCCACUAGAAAGAAAAACAUACGUUUCGAUGUAUCGUCGGAAGCUCUCGUAACAAAAGAUUCACACUCUGGAACUGGUUAAAAUGGAGACUUUUUACGUAAUUUUUUAAUAAAUACUACUAAAUGUUAUAAAAAUAGAAAUAAACGAAAAAUGAUCUGUGACAUUUUUAUUAUUUGUAAUUUAAGAUUUAUGACCGUAAAUCAAUCAUAUCCGUAAACAAAAUUAAAAAGAUAUUGAUUGAGUACCACUGAUUAAUUGAUUCGAUUGGUACUAAUUACCAUUAAAUAACUGACUGUCGCAAUUAGUAUAAAAUGGAUGUUUUUCGCACUCUAGAAUAGGUAUUAGAUGAUACUCAAGAUAUGAAUCUCAAUAACGUUAAGGAAUGUCAAUUUAAGUGGACAAAGAUAUUUUUAUGUCAUAAGAAAAUUUCAUGUGUUCUUGAUAUCAAUAUUCAGCCAGUAUACGUUACUGGUGAAAAAGGAUAUUGAUGACCUAUUGAUUUAUUAUUUAUAUUGUCCAUUGUCCUAAUUGAAUACCUCAAAAUUACUUAUCAAAAUUUAUGAAGCGGUUCGCUUGCAUGUAGUCUGAAUUAUUCGAUAUUUUAACUAGGUAAUAAUACAACUGAAUGUUUAUAGUUAAAAAUACAUGUUCGUCUAUGAAUUGGUAUAUAAAAUCCCUGGGUACAUAGUUUGAAGCCAAAGUAACUAAACCAAUUCGUUGAUUUGAGCAUAUUUUGCAAAGUCAACCUUGCGCCCAAACCGUACAGUUGAUUUUAUGAUGCAUUAAUAUUUACGGUCAUUUAAGACGGAAUCCUGUGUGUCUUUGGGUUUUUAUGUAUCAAUGAAGAUAUUAUAUGAAUAUUUUGAUGUCGUAUGUACCGUCUUUCCAAAACCUAACCGUAGAUGUAAUUAGAUUUCGCCCUUACAUGACUUAGCUUUUUAUGUCUGCAGCAUGCACAAAUUGUAACUAUGUUUUAUUAAGGAUUUUUUCAUGUAGCCGCACAGAAUAUUCAUCUUUAUUUCUAAUAAUUUCGAACUUCUUUUUUUUAAUUUGGAAUGAUUUAUUAUGGAACUGUAUUUUUAUGUAUGUUAAAAUUAUACUAUGUGAUUAUUUGAAUCCGUCUAUAUUGUUUGACUCUUUAUUUGGUGCAUAAACUGUGUUGAUUUCACCAAUAUUAUUCACUGUGAUUUUUAUUCUUAGCAAAUGGGUAAUUAGGAUUGUAUAAGUUUUGUAUGGACAAAUAAAAACAUUAUUUAAAAC